GCGAGCGCCGGCGCCCAACGCAAGAGCACGCGCACGCACUCGCUAGAGCUAGCGAGGAGAUCAGUAGCUGCCGCGCACAUUGCGCCGUGCGGAUCGACCGGUCGCGUCGCAUGGAGCAGCUGCCGCCCAGGAUCCCAGCCGCGGUGCACCACUGGCCGGAGGGCGGCCACCACGGCGCGACUGCGUGGGGCGACGAGUUCGCCGAGUUCGCGGCGUCGCGGCGGGGCGCGCACCGGAGGUCGCUGAGCGACUCGGUCGCCUUCGUCGAGGUGGCGCCGGCGGACGGCGGGGCCGGCGAGUUCGACAGGCUCGACGACGACCAGCUCAUGUCCAUGUUCCCCGACGAGGGAGGCACGUCCGCGCCGGGGUCCGAGAACGGGGGCAGCGACAGCGACGGCGACAAGCUCGGCGCUGCGGCGGGCGGCGCCACCGGCAACGACAAGGAGUACGACGAUGCGGGGAACCCCAAGGAGCCGGCACCAGGUCAGACCGCCGCUGCAGCCGCCGCCGCCGCCUCGGAGCUGAUCCGGGACCCUAAGAGGGUCAAGAGGAUCCUGGCUAAUCGGCAGUCGGCUCAGAGGUCGCGGGUGAGGAAGCUGCAGUACAUCUCCGAACUCGAGCGCAGCGUCACAAGCCUGCAGAAUGAGGUGUCCGUACUGUCUCCUCGGGUUGCAUUUCUGGAUCAGCAGCGCACGAUACUGACUGUCGGCAACAGCCACCUGAAGCAGCGGAUCGCAGCUCUAGCGCAGGACAAGAUCUUCAAGGAUGCUCAUCAAGAGGCGUUGAGGAAGGAGAUUGAGAGGCUGCGGCAGGUGUACGAGCAGCAGAAUCUCAAGAUGGCAGCUGGCGCUCCCGCUUCUGAGCAUGUGCCGCCUCCGGUGCGCGCAGAGAAAGAGCUCAUGAGCUAGCCACUGAUCCAUGCCUGUCCUCUGUGCAGUCGCCGUGUCAUUAACCUCGAGGGAACAUUGCAUCAUGAUUUUUUUCAGAUCUUGUGGAUGUUUUCUUCUUCUUGUUCUUCCAUUGACAUGUAUGCAUUCUUUGUAAGUUAAUUUGGAUUCGGGUUACUCUGCAAAUUGUGUUAAAGUCGUAAGAAAAACUGAACUGUCAUGUAAAUCAUUUUUGAAGCAUUACAUCUUCUUUGGACA